AUGAGCGGUGGUCCUCACAUGACCAUGGAGCAGGUGGUCCGGACUUUCCAGCCCUGCAAACUCUACGAUGGCAUCAGUGAGCGCCAUGUGACUGUGGAGGUGGAUGGGGAAAUGGAAGAGGUGGAGAUUGACCCCAAGGAGGGGCCGAAGAUAUGGAAGCCGGAUGGCACACCCCCGGGCCCCAACGACUUCCACAAGCUGCCGAAGUUGUGCCGAUCACACCUCGACAUGUCUGCAGCGAACGGCCUCAACAAGGCAUCAAGAAACAGCCGCGAAAGUUCCUUGCUGAAGCUGGGAGAAGCGUUCGGUUUCACUCUGGUGAAGUUUGCGCACAACUCGAGGCUAUUGGCUGAAGGACUGCUUCGCGAAGCGGCGGCAUGCUGCGAGCGUGAAGCUGCGCUGUUCCCAAAGUGGUCCCAGCCUUGGUUCUUGCGCGGAUUUGUCCACGAUGUGGCACACGAGCACGAGCAGGUGGCCCAUUGCAUGCGGCGAGCCUUGGAGCUAGAUGCAAGCCGCGCGGACGCGUGGCUGUUCUUGGCCGAGUGCGAGUACCGCCGUGGCGAUUUCGAAGGUGCUUUCCAUGCCUUCGACGAGGUUUGCCGAUUAGACCCAGACGGCCCAGCAGCACAGCAGGCCAUUGCUGACCAAGCCCUUCUUCGGCGAAACCUCCGUUGCGUCAUCGUCCAGCGGAAUGUCUGGCAGCUGGAGACGGCACGAGCCCUCCACAAUGGCUCAGGAGGCCCCAACGGUCGAAGAGCCUCGCCUGCGGUCCGAUUGUGGGAUGCCGCCUUGCCGGAGGAGCUUUUCGGGCUGGUCAGAGAGAGUGUGGACGACCUUUGUGUGUGGCGGACAAAGAGCCCAGCAAAAAUGAACACGUUCUGGCUGGAUCGGAGCUCAGAGCCGAGGACGGCUGCAGAGGUGGCAGGAAGAGCGCUGCUGAGGCUGCUGGGCCAGGACCACCAGCAAUAUCGAGGCAUCGAGUGGUGGUGUCGCAACCAGGCGGCGCAGAUGGGCGCUCAUUUCCACUACGAUACUGCUGUCUCCGGCUGCGAAGGGGCAGCGGCCUCGUCAGAGUCCCUUCGCCCAACGCUUUCCAGCGUGCUCUACCUUGGGGAUGUGGGUGGCCCCACCAUGAUCCUCAACCAGGUGGCCUCUUCGCAAGCCAAGCUUUCUCCUCCAAUGCCGGACAGGGGUUGGACAGUCGCGACACGACGGAACAGAUGGUUGGUCUUCCCUGGUAAUCUUUUCCACGGCGCAGUGUCAUUUGGUGCCAACGAGGCCCAGCCGUCUGCACCUCGCUUUGUGAUUCUGUUCAACUUUUGGGCGGAAUACCGCCCGGCGGCACCGUCAUGCCAAGUCCCUAACUUCCAGGACUACCGGCCUGUUUGCAGCAUAUCGCCGACCGCAUGCCACCUCCUGCCGGACAGUCGCAUCGAGGAGCUGCAGAGACUCGUCCAGGUGCAAAGGAGUGCGACAGAGGUUCAUCCAUCGGAGCUUUGUACUGCCAAGGAGAUGCCCCAAUCGGUUCUCAUGGAAGAUUUUCCUUGUGGCUUGCCACUACCCGUCCGGGAGGCAAGAAGGAGAGUGCAAUACUUGUCUUGA